GACCCUGUCAAGGGAGAAAGGGUAGCUCCGCCAGCCCUGGGCACUUCCGCGCGGAGAUAGCGUCUAUCUGGCCGCAGGGUGCGGGUCUUUUUCCGAGGUGGGGUGCCGACCCGGGCCCCCAGCGAUGUCGGUGGCCUUUGUACCUGACUGGAUGAGGGGCAAGGCGGAAGUCAAUCAAGAGACUAUCCAGCAGCUCCUGGAGGAGAAUGACCAGCUAAUCCGCUGUAUCGUGGAGUAUCAGAACAAGGGUCGAGCGAAUGAGUGUGUCCAGUACCAGCAUGUGUUACAUAGAAAUCUCAUUUAUUUAGCUACCAUCGCAGAUGCCAGCCCAUCAAGUACUUCAAAAGCAAUGGAAUGAUCUUUCAGUUGUAAGGAGUAAUUGAAUGUAAUCCAUCUCCUAUAAAAUGGAGACAGGAUCUUUACCAACUCAACUGCUUAAAACAUGAAACCUCUGAUUCUUUUUAAAAUGUGAAAAUGUGAAGGAAGCUACUAGUUUAACUAUAUUCUCAAUGUAAAUAUUUAUUUUUAAUAAUUAAUCAGAUCCCCCAGAAGGUAGACCCCAGGUGUCCUCUUUCCUGAAAUGGGAGUGUGUUUGGAUAACAAAGACAUCAUGGGCAUCUUCAAGACUACUCUUUAGUUUCAGCCUGAAGAGGAAACUGAGUAGGUGUUGGAGGAUCAGCAGGAAUUGCUGAGACUUCUGACUGAGCCUUUGCCAAAUGGAUUCAGUAUCUGUGUUCUCCCAUCCAGUUUGUAAAUGUGUUCCCCCUGACCCCUCUUCUCUUCUUGGGUUACUUUGAAAUAAAGCUUGCUUUUCCACAAAAGAACGAUAUGAAGGUAUAGAUAUUUCCGUGUAGAGUGUUGUAUUUGGUUCCCUCAAAAAUUGUAAGGAUUUAAUAACCAUAAGGUAUGUAACAAUACUACUGUUAUAUUACUACUGUUAUGUGUUGCCAACAAAAUUAAUAGUGAUUCUUUAGUAUUAUCUAGUAUCAUCUGAUAAUAAAAGAUGUGUAAUUUUCUUUAUCUCAAAA